CUCGGCCGCUCCGGCCCCGGUGCGGCGCCGCGGGCCGUGUCCCCCGCGCAGGCGCAGGGCGGGCGGUGCCGGGCCGGGCUGGCGGCGAGCGGUGGCCCCGCGCGGGGCGGGCUGUGCGCGCUGGGGGGGCUGCCGGCCGCGGGCAAGAGCUCCCUGGGCCGCGCGCUGCGGCCGCGGCUGCGCUGGGGCUGCGCCGUCCUUUGCUACGACAGCCUCCUGGCGGGCGGGCCGGAACCGCGGCCGCCCCGCGCGCCGUCCCACUGGAAGCAGAGCCGUCAGGAGCUGCUGCAGUGCGUGGAGCGCAUCGUGCGGGCGCUGCUUGGCCUGUCCCCGCUGCCCGGCCCCGGCCCACAGCCCACCUGGGAGCGCGUGCAGGCCGCCUGCCGCGAGCAGGGGCUCCUCGCCAACAGCGGUGCCGGGGAUGGCUGCGUCCUCACACCCGGAGACACCACUAGGCCGUUCUACCUCAUCCUGGACGACAACUUCUAUUACCGGAGCAUGAGAUACGAGGUGUACCAGCUGGCUCGCAAAUAUUCAUUGAGCUACUGCCAGAUAUUCUUGGAUUGUCCACUCGAGUGCUGCUUGCAGAGAAACCGUCUAAGAAGCCACCCAGUAGCUGACGAGACGAUAUGUUUAAUGGCAAGAAAGAUAGAAAUGCCGGAUGUCAAGAAAAACGCAUGGGAACGGAACAGCCUCAUCCUGAGAAGUGCUGACGGUGCUUUGGAGGAUGACAAGCAGAUCAUUGUUUUGCUGGCCUCCGCGCUGGAAAACCCCAUGAAGCCAAACGAGGAGAACACUGAGCAGAAGGAUGCGGAUCGAGCAGCCUGUGCAGCCAGCGCUGUCCAUCGGGUGGAUCAGGCCUGCAGGCGCAUCGUCUCCCUGGCGAUGAAGGACGCAAAAGAUCACAACAUCCUCCCGAGCGCGAUGAAGAGCCUGGCAGAAGAACUGAACAGACUCAAGGCAGAAUUUUUGGAAGACUUGCGGCAAGGAGAUAAUCUGAAAAAACAAACUUGCACAGAGGAUAAACACUUGGACCCUGCUGCCAGCGUCAUUCCCUCAUUCCAAAACAAGGCAACGACUCUAGUUAAUAAAUAUAUUUUAAAAUAAUGA